UUAUUUUGAUCGCUCCGUCUUUUUGACGUAUUUCCUGCGGAGCGCCUAAACAGAAUCGACGUACGCACGGUAUCUUACGUAAACCUCCACAACAAACAUGGCAGACGAUCACACAGAUGCAGAGCAGUCGAUGGAGGGACACACACCUGUGUCUGAAAACCCGCAUGCAGAGUACAGCCUGACUGAAAACAUCCAGAGGACGGCGGAGAACGAAAAGGCGAGUGCAGAGAAGAUCUCGAAGCAGAAGGUGGAUCUACAGGCGCUGCCGACCAGAGCGUACCUGGACCAGACGGUGGUCCCAAUCCUGCUGCAGGGCCUUUCGGUGCUCGCCAAGGAGAGACCACCCAACCCUAUAGAGUACCUGGCGGCUUUCCUGCUUAAGAACAAAUCCCAGUUUGAGGACAGAAAUUAGUCAUGACUGCUUCUGAGGUUGUUUCCUGCAGCAUAAUAUCCUGAUUGAGUUUAAUAAACUUUUUUUAAAAAUCUGCAAUAAACAUGUUUAUGUGAAAGAGCA